GACAAUUACAUCCAGUAAGCAUCGAUUUGGAGGAUUUAUUCCGGGUCAAUUUUUGUCAGAUUCCAUAGGGGUACCAUCCCAGAUUUUGGACGAUUUUCCUAAAAUGCCAUUUUCUUUCGAUUAUGGAGGCUACAGAUCACGAAUUUAGGUCGUGGCUAUUCUCCACCAAUAAUAAAGUCUAUUGAUCCUAUUCUCCACAUAUGAUAAGUCCAUUAUGCACCGAUUUGGGUCAAUUUAUUUUCGGAUGACAUUUUCGUAAUUUUUAGGUGACGAAAUGCCAUUUUCUUUUGAUUUUGAAGGCUAUGAUCACGGAUUCGGCCUGAGGCUAUUCUUCAAUGACGAUUACGUCCAUUAAGCACUGAUUUUGGCGGAUUUAUUCAGGGUCAAUUUUUGGCAGAUUGCAAAGGGGUAUCAUCACAAAUUUUCGACGAUUUUCCCGAAAUGCCAUUUUCUUUCGAUUCUGAAGGCUACAGAUCACGGAUUCAGGACGAGGCUAUUCUACACCGUUAAUGAAGUCUAUUGAUCCUCUUAUCCACGGAUGAUAAGUCCAUUAAGUUCUAACUUGGGCCAAUUUAUUUUCGGAUGACAUUUUCGUAAUUUUUUGGACGAUGAAAGGCCAUUUUCUUUGAAUUUUGAGAGCUACAGAUCAUGGAUUCGGCCUGAGGCUAUUUUUCAACGAUGAUUACGUUCAUUAAGCACCGCUUUUGACGGAUUUAUUCCGGGUUAAUUUUUGACAGAUUCCAAAGGGGGUCAUUCAUCCCUUUAGAUUUUGGGCUUAAUCUUUAUUAUUAGUAUUUUAUAUCUAUAAUUAAAGCUCAAUGUAUUAAUUUUAUACUGUUUUAAAUUCACAAUCAAAAUCCAAUACUCUGAAAAGUAAUUAGUAUAUGGAGGGCUUUUGUAGGAGGCCCCCCAACACACCCCCAAUGCUACCCUUGUGAUUGUUGUGGUGUGGUGAUGUUCUAGUCUACUUUAUAAGUUUUUGGUCUACUUUAUAUCAUUCGUGGUAUGGACGUAUAGUUUGUUGCGUUCUGCUUUGUAUUUUGCGAGACACGGAAUGAAUGAAUAAGAAGAGCCACACAAGUGUUCUCCCUUAUAAUUUUAAAAAACAACAAGCAUGCCCCUCUCUUAAAAAAACAACUUUAAUUGUGGUUAACUUCUUAGAAAUUAAAAAAAUAAUAUCAAAAUGAAAUGUUCAUAUUCAAUAGAAUUAGUAUUAGCACUGUACUAAUUAUCAUCCUAACCUUUACCUUCAUCCUAAUAGUCCAAAUCACAAAAAUCCUUCAUAUUUCAAUUUUUCUGGGUGCACUCAUAUUUCAAACUUAAUAUUUUAACCAGAUAUAUUCCAUUUUUCAAAUGGCACAAAGAAACGAAGAAGUAGAUUAACCUAACCGAUAUUAGAACUUUGAAGUUUAGUGCCAAAGCCCAAAUUCCACUCCAAAGUCCAAAUCUAAAGCCCUGCACCCUUUCCCCUGCCUUCCCCCCGGCCAUGCUUUGCCAAAUGCCAACUGCCAAGUUAUCUCUCCAUGCUCCCUCCCUGCAACAGAAUUUUUGACAUAGCGAUUGAAAACCCGGCUGCAGCUCGUCAACAUUAACCCGACGAAAAACUUUCCCGCCACCCUAAAACCGAAAGCAGUAAGAAAGUUUGCAACUUUGCAAGAUGCUGGAGGCGAAGAGUCUUAGAAAAGCAGCUGUGCCCUCAACUCUUAUCCCCAAUCCUUCCCCGGGAAACAUCCAGUCUUCCCGCCUAGCUCUCCAUGUUAGCGAGGAUGGUUCUUCUUGUUGGGUCUAUGUCGCUUCUGGCUGUCACAUUUACAAGCUCCAGAUUCCUUUGGAGGGUACUUCCAUUGAUAAAGGGAAAGAAAGCCUCCUCAUUCCUAUGCAGUCCGAGGUUGUGGAGUCUUCAAUAGUCAACCGUUGCCCACACCGCUCUGAGAUUCAGAGUAUUGUGCUCUCUGAGACUGAUAGCCCUGGAUACUUGGUGCUGGGAAGCGUGGAUUCUUACGGCCAUCUUAUUGUGUCUAAGCUAGAUAACAGUGGUAAUGAUGUUGACAGACUUAUAUAUUCAGUACUUCCUCGAGAUUCUGGAGUAGGAGAAGGCGGUUGGGCUGGAUUAUGUUUCAGUCCAACUCAAUUAUUGACGGCGGCUGUAGCGCGUGAGUUCUGCAAAACUGUUGACGUGUAUGACCAAGACAUUCAUUUGCAGACAUUACAUACACUAUGGUAUCCAUCCUCUCUAAACUAUAUUCAGGGCUUGAGUAAUGAUGAAGGGAGUUCGAUACUAGCUGUCACGGAAGGAUGCCAGUUGAGCAUUUGGGACUUGAGAAUGAAAGAGAAAAACGGUUGUCUGCAUCGGAUCACUGGGUCAGUGGGAGACAUCUUUUAUUCAGUUUGCAGUUCUUCAACUGGAAAUAUUGCAGUGGGCGGUGCUGAUCGUACUGUUACUGUUUAUGAUCCCCGUAGAUGGAAACCACUAUCGAGAUGGGUGCAUUGCUCAAAGUAUGAGAUAACUGGACUUGCAUUUUCAUCAGUUAACCCUGACUACAUAUACAUCCAAGGAGUAGAUUAUGAGGUUCUGUGCGGAAACUGGAAAGAGACUAAGAAGCUCUUCUCUUUUAGAGGAGACUCAAAUUGGCUGGGUUUCAGUAAGAGCUUCAACAGAGACGUGGUGGGUGGAUGGAGUGAUUCAGGUAGCAUCUUUGUGGCUGAUGUUAGAGGUGAAGAAUGAGUGUGCUGGAAUCUAAACCCACCACAAAGCUUCCUGCAUGCAAACAUGGUCACCACUGGUAGUACAGUGGUGGUUCAGCAGUCUUUCUGAUUGAUGAUCCCCACUGAUCCACCACGACCCCAUGUUUGUAUUCCUGAAAAAUAUGACACAGCAGGACAUCAUAACGUGAGAUGAGUGCAUACUUUUUGAACCAAUCAAAGAGUCUAGAGGAUAUGGUUCCUUGGUCCUGGAAGUUUGAAGCAUCCUGAAAAUGGGCGCAUUUUGACUUGGAAUUGUGAGUUCAAUCGAUUCAUUGACCUUGUAGAUCCAUAGGAGGAUGGAUUUGGUUACAUGUUGGUUGGUCAAGUCCUGGAUUUCUGUGAAAAUGUCAAUUCAAAGGUUUUGAAGGAUUGACUGAUUGGGAUCCCUGAUCUUUUUCUAUAAAGGUUUUCAAAGUCAUAUUUCCCAAAGACUUCAUGAAUGGAUAGAUUACUUGGAUCCUGUAGAAGUGCGUUUUGACCCCCAAGAUUGUUGAAACUUGAAAAGUUCUUCCUACAAUUAAAUAGAGUCAGUCAUUAACAAGACGGUAGAUCCUAUUCCUAUAUCUUUGCUAACCAAAUUAGGGUAAAUACCACAUUUGGUCACUUAGGUUACUAAAUCAUGUCAUGUUUAGUCGCUAGAAAAAUUUAAAAUAAAUUUUGGUCACUCUAAUUACUGAAACAUGUCACAUUUAGUCACUCUCCCAUUAGUUUCCGUCCAACUCCAUUAACGAAGUUGGACGGAGGCUAACGGAGAGUGACUAAAUGUGAAAUGUUUCAGUAAUUCGAGUGACAUUUAUAAAUAAAAAAAAGUAUUUCGAGUGACCGGAAUUGGACGGAGGCUAACGGGAGAGUGACUAAAUGUGACCUAUUUUAGUAAUUCGAGUGACCAAAAUUUAUAUUAAUUUUUUUCUAGUGACCAAACAUACCCAGGUAUGAUUAGGGUGGAAGUCGAGUAAUAUCACAAAAUUGAUAUCAAUUUCUAGAUGAAGGGAAUAGUUGAGUUGAAACUUAAUCUUUUAAAAUAGAUGAAGUGGGACUACCCAUUUGUCAAUUUUCACUAAUUAGCCUAUCAUGUGACGCGAACGCGAACGACACAAUUAAAUUAUCACGAUAUGGAAUAUGAAUUUGUUGAAUCAUCACGAUAAAAACUUUGGACUAUCUAAAAUUACAUGAAGCCUAAUGAUCUAAAUAAGGGCACCACGGAUUAAGGCACCAAAUAAUCUACCAUGGCAAUCUCCAACUUAUGUGCAUAUUGAAGAAAUUAUAAUAACACUUUGUGAGUGCUACGUCGCUGUUUUUCAUUUUGUCGUUUGUGUUCUUUUACAAAUAUCAAAAUGCAAUGAUAAAAAAAAAAAAAAGGGAUUUAUGUAUCAAAAUUCAAAAUACAACGAUAGCGUUGAAAACUCCUCAAUUAGCUAGAAAGGUACAUUUCAGAGCAUGUUGUAUUUUUUUUAUUUAAUUUUUUUGGCUACGUAGUACAAUACCAAUAUAGAAAUAGAGUAGAGGGGAAAUAAGAUAGAGACAUACAAAAUUAAGAGGUUGGCAGCAUGGCUAUUACUGUGUCAUGGUGGUGACAUUUGUUUAGAAAUUUGAAGGUAGUUAGGCCAUCUAUUCCAACACUUAUUAUAGCCCCAUUGUUAUAUGAUUGUCCCAAAUAAAAGCUCCCAAUGUACAUGUUCACGUGUUCGUAUUGAAUGCCCAGUAAUUUGUGAUGGAAGUUUGGUUUGCGGUUAACAACAAAUCUGAGUGCAACAAACGUAGUUUUGUCAGUUACCAAUCAUAAUAUGCGAUUAGUGGUUUAAUCGUGGUUGAUAAAAUUUUGCAUUUUAUUGUUAGUGAUCAAUCACCAACCACUGUGAUUAAACCACAAUAGUCACACAAAUCGCAUUUAUCCAUCAAUAGUAAUAUUAAUAAGCAUAGGGGUAUGCC